AUGCUCAGCCGCCCGAACGGCGAACUCACGAGGGCCGGCCAGUACUACUACCAACUGAUCGACCGGCCGCCCCCCAGCCGGCAGUACGACCGCAACCAACCCCUCAUCCGCGAGGGCCCGAACGAUUACAUCAUGCUCCGGGGGGGCGCCAAAAAGCUGCUCCGCAGCCUCCAGCCCAACGGGAACUACCACUUGACCAAGCUCGGGAAGAGCUUCUUCAAGGACAAGUGGGUGGACUGGGUGGUGCACGUGCCCGUCAUCAUCCGCGGCAUCCGGCGAAACGGCCGGAACCGCGGCAUGCCCUACGAGCGCACGAAGCGCCUGCCCGUCACGGACCUCAACCUCGGGAAGCCCGAGCCGAACGACAUUAUUUGGGAGCUGUCCGACGAGAGCUACUACCUGGACGCGACGAGGGAGUGGACCUUCAGCCAGCAGGCCAUGCAGGUCGUAGACGACCGGGUGGUGGUGGAGACCGUCCUGGAUCAGCCCCUGGGGGGCGUCUCCUACCAGCUGUACUGCGGCGACGAAAUCCUACGCCUUCGAACAGCGGCCGGACAAGCUUUGCGUCCCUCGGCAGCUCGCGGAGAGGUGCUUUCGGACUUCGACGCAAUCUGCACCAAAAAAACGUGGCGGGAGCAGGGCAUCACCCCCCGAGAGAUCCGGGAAUUCUGCCUUUGGCGCCAGGCCCCGAUGUUCUACGUGGACUGCCAGGGCCGCCUGCUGGACAAGUACGAGCCUACCGUCAAGGAGCAGCGGGCCGUGGCCUUCACGAGCUGGAACGGCCACGCCUUCUUCUACAAAUCCGCCCGCACCGUCGGGAAGUGCGAGCCGAUCGGGGAGCGGGCCAGGUACCGGGGCGAGAGGAAGCCAGGCGAAACGCCCGAGUUCAAGGAUUGGCGGGAGUGGGAGGGCGAGGUCGCCAGCGGUCAUUUCUACACUGAAGACCUGGAGCAGGUCCGGAGGGAGCUCCUGGCCGAGGGGCACUGCCCGAAGGUGGUCAUGCGAAGCAUGAGCGAGUGGCGGUGCCUGCGGCUGAGGGUGCUGGGCGGCGAGGACUGCGUCAUCUCCGCCUUCCACGAAGACCUGGAUGUGCUGCAGGCCUGGAUGGGGCGGCUGGGGCUCCCCUAUUGCGGGCAGCGUCUGGCGGGCGCCGCAAGCGAG